AUGGUAAGGCGGGAGAGUGGCGACACAGAAAGCCGACAACCUGCAGCCGCCAGGGAAGUAGACGAUCCACGGCCUGACGAGAGAAGGACAGACGACCAAACCACGCAGUGCCAACAAAUAACACCCACGGGGGAGGAAGGCGGCGGCGACAGAGAAUUAUCCGACCGGCACGGCGUGCUUUCUCACGCACCCGAACGUGAAGCCGGCAGGGCUGCGAGCAAAAACCAACGGCCGAUCGAUCGACCACCCGGCGGAAAGGAGGACGGCGCCGCGGCAUUCACGAUAGUGGUGCAGGGCAGAAAGGAGACGCGGACCCGCCAUUGGUCGGCAGCAAACACGUCGGAGCCAACCAGUAGCGAAUGCACAUGCAGGGAGCAAGGGUACUUCUCAAGAUGGGUGGCGAGACGAUUUCACUCAAGGUCCACGGAAGAGUAA